AUGAAAGACAUCGGGCUUCCACGACCAGUACCCCAUGAUGGUGCCAGGGUGCUGAUACAUGCGUCCUUGCUGUAUUCAACAUUUGAACGACUAUCUUCACUGAUAUGGCUACAAACACCAGUGCUAGUCCUUGCUGUAUUCAACAUUUCAACGACUAUCUUCACUGAUAUGGCUACAAACACCAGUGCUAGUCCUUGCUGUAUUCAACAUUUGAACGACUCCAGCACGGGAGACGCGUUUUAUGACGCAGCACAAUUUAUAACCGGAUUAAUUAUUUACCCUGUGUUAUGCUUUCCGGGAAUUUUAGGUAACAUGCUGUCACUGAUAGUUUUAUUUCACAAAGACAUGUCUACAUCUACGAACGUGUACCUAUCAGCACUCGCCAUCUCGGACACUGUGAAACUCAUAAACGACCUUCUUUAUUUUGUCGUCAUCUUAAUGAAACAAAUCCAGGCAGAAAAUGCAGGUCAAGUGAUGUCGCAGUUAUAUCCCUAUGCACAUUACAUAUUCAAUUUUGCUGUAUGUGUCACAGCAUGGCUCACAGUAUCGAUUGCAAUUGAACGCUAUAUAUCUGUGUGCCAUCCGACUCGGGCAAAGUCAAUUUGUACAAUAUCGAGGGCUCGAAACACCAGUAUUUCUGUGUUUAUUGUAAUGCUAGUUUUAAGUGUUCCAUCAGCGUUAAGGUAUCAUGCAGUUCGAAUAGAGGAUGUGUCAAUAAACGUUACAUGUUAUAAAGUGGAACCGACAGCUUUGGGACAAAACCAAUCAUUCAUGAAGCCAUAUACUUGGAUUCAAAAUCUAUUCCGCUCAAUAGUACCCUUGGUGGUUCUUAUAUUUCUAAACGCAAGGAUUAUACGUGAAUUGAAGCGAGAGCGGGUAAAAGGGAAAACAUUGUCUGGACGGAAUCGUAUAACAUUGAUCAUGAUUAUUAUAAUUAUCGUGUUUCUUGUAUGCAUUACACCUGAUGCUGUGAUGUCGAUGUUUUUUGGAUUUGGAUACGCAGAGGAAAACAAUAUUGUUAAAGGUAUCCGAGAAAUAACCGACUCCUUGCUAGCAGUGAAUUCGGCGUUUAAUUUCGUUCUGUAUUGCACACUGAGUAAACAAUUUCGAGAUACAUUCUGUAAAAUAUUUGGUGUUAAAAAACUGCUUGCGAGUCCGGCGCCGGAAAUGGACCGGUUUCAACAGGUAGUGGUUCAGAACGGCCGGACACAGUUACAGACAUCCGACCUCAAUGACCUACAAACAAUGAUUUUACAGGAAACACUAGUAUAA